AUGGCACGUUACCUCGGAAUUGCAUCAGCAUUGGCUGCUACUGUCUCUGCCACAUUCACACCAGAAAAGCUGAUCGGUGCACCCCGCCGUGGUGCGCUCAGCCCCAGCGGUGAUGGAUCGGUUGCUCUGCUGUCCAUGUCGCAGUACAACUUCACGACAUCCACGGGAAAGUCGAGCUGGGGACUUCUUGACUUGAAGUCUGGCGAGUUCAAGGACUCUGGUCUCAACAUCAGCGAAGUCAACGAGGCCGCCUGGAUCCCGGGCACUGACUCCGGUAUCAUUUACAUAAAUGGUACCAACAAGGAUAUUCCCGGCGGCGUCACACUAUGGAUAGGGGACAUUAACGACCCUUCGAAGAGCACAUUGGCUGCUUCUCUGGAUGCUCCUUACAACGGCCUGAAGGUCGCUAAGACCGAGAGCGGAGAUAUCACUUUCUUGGUUAACUCUAUGGCGUACCCCAAUGGGACUGCUGUGAACCCUGAGACUGAGGUCACUCCCAAGCACACUGGUCGCUUCUACAAGGAUGCGUACGUUCGCCACUGGGACACUUGGCUCACCAAGAAUCGUUACAACGUCUUCGCUGGUACUCUCUCUGCAAACGGUAGCUAUGGAUUAUCCCAUCCCGGUCUCCGUAACCUGAACCACGGUGUCAAUUGGACUACCACCAGGUCUGAGACUCCCGUUCAGCCCUUUGGUGACUCUAGUGACUACGCCAUUUCGCCCGAUGGCAAGCUCUACGCUUUCCUCAGCAAGGCUCCCCAGCUUAACAAGGCCAACUACACCGCCAGCUACAUCUACCUCGGUGAGGUUGCUGGCUCUGCUGCGCCUGUCGCCUUCAACGGCCCCGACUCGGAGGCUUCCGCGGCUGGUCACCAGGGUGCUUCUGGUCUUCCUUCAUUCUCGCCUGAUAGCGGCAAGCUUGCUUACGUCCAACAAGAUGAGGACUACUACGAGUCGGAUAGGUGGCAGCUGUAUACCGUCGAUGUCGCUGCGUCCAACGGCAGCGUCGCUACCAGCAACUGGAAGGCGCUCUCAUCCAGCUUCGAUCGCUGGGUUCAGGGUCCCUUGACCUGGGCUCACGAUGGCUCCUCCAUCUACGCUACUGCCGAGGAUUACGCUCGCGUCAAGAUCUUCAACUUCCCUAUCGAUGCUGAAGCUAGCUAUAUCCCCGAGCCUCUUACCUCCAACACGUCAGUGUCCAGUUUCUCGCUCCUCAAGAACAACGACUUGCUCGUCACUUCCUCAGCUAUCUGGACACCUGUCGAGUACUACACUAUUUCCAACGGCACCAAGAACGUCAUCUUUAGCGCCGCAGAUCACGAUGCCCAAUUCGCUGAUCUCAAGGCUGACCACGUAUCUGAGAUCUUCUUCAACGGAUCUGACCCCAACUUGAAGCAGCAGCUGCAGGCCUGGGUCAUCAAGCCCAGCAAUUUCGUUGAGAACAAGACUUACCCUCUUGCAUUUUACAUCCACGGUGGACCUCAGGGUUCGUGGGGAAACUCCUGGUCCAACAGGUGGAACCCCGCUGUCUGGGCCGACCAAGGCUACAUUGUCGUUUCGCCCAACCCAACUGGAUCGACUGGGUUUGGCCAGUACCUCACCGACGCCAUCCAGGGUCGAUGGGGUGGAUACCCAUACUACGAUCUGGUCAACGCCUGGGAGUACAUCAACUCUGAGCUCACUUCUUUCGUUGAUGUUGAGAAUGGUAUCGCUGCUGGUGCUUCUUACGGUGGUUACAUGACCAACUGGAUCCAGUCCAACGACCUCGGCAACAAGUUCAAGGCUCUCGUCACUCACGACGGCAUUUCACAGACAAAGGCUGCUUGGUCAUCUGAGGAACUGUGGUUCAUCCGACAUGACUACAACGGCACAGUCUGGGAGUCUGAGGCUUACGACAAGUGGAACCCCUUCGACCACGUUGCCAACUGGUCCACUCCCCAAUUCGUCGUUCACAAUACCCUCGACUACCGUCUUCCCGAGAGCGACGGUAUUGGACUCUUCAACGUGCUUCAGAACAUCGGUGUUCCUUCUCGCUUCCUCAACUUUCCCAACGAGAACCACUGGGUCCUCAAGCAGGAGAACAGCUUGUUCUGGCACAAGGAGAUCUUCAACUGGAUUAACCACUACUCCAAGGGUGAGCCUUUGGACGAUGAGCCUGCCGGCAACUAA